UUACUUAUUCAAGAUCUACAUUACUGAGAAAGGAGAAACCAGAACCCCAUUGACUGGCAUCCCGAACAAGACUAUACCUACUUCAGGACGUCACAGAGGCAUCAUGACGCAUGGCAAGCUAUCACUUGCAAACAAGGCAGCCAAUGGCUCCUCCAAUGGACACACCAUAGAGCCACCAUCUCCUCCCAGCUAUGAGGAAGCCACUGCAGGCAGCAGCGCUCCUUGCUACAAUGAUGCUGAGAUGCUCACAGAGUUCACCUGGGAUGAUCUCAACAUCCGGAGGAUCUUCAUCCGUAAGGUUUACACCAUCUUGAUGAUCCAGCUAUUGGUCACCCUGGCAGUUGUUUCUUUUUUCACCUUCUGUGACGCUGCGAAGGACUACAUUCAAGCCAACCCUGGGUGGUACUGGGCCUCCUAUGCUGUGUUCUUUGUCACUUAUCUGACUCUUUCUUGCUGCUCAGCACCAAGGAGAAAGUUCCCAUGGAAUCUGAUUCUGCUCGCCAUCUUUACCCUCUCACUCUCCUACAUGACAGGGAUGUUGUCCAGUUUCUAUAACACAAAGUCAGUGGUGAUGUGUCUGGGUAUCACAGCAACAGUCUGUCUCCUCGUCACAGUCUUCAGCUUUCAAACUAAGAUUGAUGUGACAUCAUGCCAAGGGAUGCUCUGUAUCUUCAGCAUGGUCAUGUUCGUAUCUGGACUGGUGCUGGUACUCGUCCUUCCCUAUCACUAUGUUCCCUGGCUGGAUGCAACCUUUGCUGUCUUGGGAGCCAUAUUGUUCACCAUGUUUUUGGCAUUUGACACCCAGCUCCUCAUUGGAAACAAGCGCUACACCAUGAGUCCAGAAGAGUACGUCUUUGCCACUCUCAACAUCUACCUUGAUAUCAUCUACAUCUUCUCCUUCUUCCUUCAAAUCUUUGGAACAAGACAAGAGUGAACCAUCACCCUACUUUACUUAGCUUUAGACAUGGGAGGAACCUAGAUAUGAUAGAAGUCCUUUUAAAAUGAGUUUUUUUUUGUGAUGACAAUGCCUCCGGUUGUACAUCUCUUGUACAACUAUACAUGUACAUAAAUACAUCAGUAAGUAACCACUUCCAAAGUAUAAAAAAAAAAAACCUUUCUCUGGAGCAUAUUGAAAACCAACAACACAUUAGGGUUAGACUACUAGCUUUACCAGUCAAAGACAUUGAGUGAUCUGUGUGCGCUCUCCAUUUCUGUUUUACAUUUUAUUUUAUCUUGAGUGAUUAUCUGUAGCUGUAUGUUUGUCUUUAGAUCCAUGCCUGCUCAAAAUCACAUUAGAUGUCAAUACAAUGUCAGAGGAUUUGUGUUACUAAUAUGCAUGCAUCAGAAAAGUCCUACUGUAACUAUGCCAUGUGUGGUCAUGGUCAUCCCAUCAUUUAGACAUUGCUGUGGGGUCUUGAUUUGUGUCUGAAAACACAAAUCUUAACAGACAAAAAGACAUUUCCUGUUCCUCCAAUAUUAUUACAUUUUAUUAUUGAUACCUUGAGUUUGUCAUUCUAAACUAGGCUAUUUGAGGCAAGGUGACAUGUUUUCUGUAUUUUGAAUGACACUGUUUUAAAUUAUACUAUUUUAUUUACUUGAUUUGUGAUGUUGCUGCUCAUCUAUGCAUUGAUUUGUUUCUCAGAGCUGAAUACUGUAGGGUCUACAAUUUGCACCACUGACAUUCAUUGCCUUUACAUUGUUGCAGUGUGUAUGUGUUUAUUUUAAGUAUGUCACAUGUCUAUAGCUACAAGAUGUGUUAAUUCAUGAAUGAAUUAAUAUGAUUUUUUGCUUUUUUCAUGAACAAUAAUUAGUUUGAAAGACCUUGAUGUUGGCAAGACAGGUGAAGGUUUUUAUAUUAUUUAACUUUAAAGAGCUGGAAAGUGGUGACAUAUCAUAAUUAAAUGUAUGAAUAUGCUUCAUUAAUAACUUUUGAUAUGGGUUCAUUUGCAAGGGACUUGAAUUCUAUAUUUCAUGAUAUUUGAAGAUUAUUUUUCUAUGACAGUGUUAUUUUUCAGAAAGUGUGCAAUACUAAAUGGCAAGUUUGAAGCUUGACAUGAAAGUGACCUUUGAUUAUUUGUUUUAUAUUUGAUGAUAUUGAUGCAGUAUUGUUUUAAGAGCAUCCUGCAUUUCACCUGAGCAUUGAUGUUGUUGUUAUUAUUUAUUAAAUGGUGAAUGUGU